CUUUUGCCCUAGACCUGAGCCCCAGGAGGCCACGCAUUCUCCACGUGCACCAGCCUCCUUGACUCUGGUAGAGGAGCGUGCAUGGGUCCGCUAGCCCCGGUUAACAGGCCUCCGAAGGGCCUUUCCCAAGGACCUUUUGAAACAAGAGAGGGCUCCAGAGCAGACCGGAAACCGAGAAUGAAAAUGCACCUAGAACCUGCAGCCGGGGUUUUCAUUGCGUCAGAGGGGGAUAAACCAAGGUCCCCAGCAAUAUCCUUGUGGAGAAGAGUUCCUGUGUGUGCCUACUACCUAGCAGGCCUAGGCAUGCUGGUGUCUUCUCUUAGUUCACUCAGCAGUGUUAUUCCUUUAACAGGUCUUACCAUGGCUGAAGGACACACCCUGUUGUCAGUGGAUUAUGAAAUCUUCGGGAAAGUCCAAGGUGUAUUUUUCCGAAAGUACACACAGGCUGAAGGUAAAAAGCUGGGACUGGUAGGCUGGGUCCAGAACACUGAUCAGGGCACGGUACAAGGACAGAUACAGGGUCCCACUGCCCAGGUGAGAAUCAUGCAGGAAUGGCUUAAGACAAAAGGAAGCCCUAAAUCCCGCAUUGACAAGGCAAAAUUCCACAAUGAGAAGGUCAUCCCGAAGUUGGAACACAAAGAUUUCCUAAUUGUGAAAUAGUAUCAAAAGACAGUAUUUUUCCUAGUGUAAUAUGAGUAUAUGCUUCUUUGAGAUCGUAUUAAAUUUAUUAUUUUGUCAUCUGUGUUGUUAAUAUGCAGAAAUAUUUGUUAUUGUUAAUAUUUAGGUGGUCAUUUAACAUGUUAUUUAAAGCAAUUUCAAAUAUUUGUUGGAUGUAAUAGGUAGACCACUGUAAAGGAUUACAACUAUAAACAGGAACUUAAUAAUAAAGAAAAAAAGGCAAU